AUGUCUGACGAGAACACCAAGUCCGCCGUCGACGAGACGCCCAUCACCCACCCCGCCGGCGAGCGCAAGAACUCGCUUGAGGCCCACCUCCAACACCGUCCCGAUCGCGCCGAGUUGGUCGAGAAGAAUAUCUUGCCCGCCUCCAACGCCGCGCCUAGCUUGAUCGCCCACCAGAAGGAGCUUGAGAAGCACAUGCGUGCAGACUCUCUCAACGACAAGAUCUCCCACCGCCCUGCCCCCGAAGACCUCAUCAAGGAGGGCGUGCUGAAGGAGGACCCCCGCAGCGCCGACGACAAGUAUGCCGAGGCCAUCGAGGACGAGUACGCCAAGCGUGAGGGUGGCGCGAUUAUUGGUAUUGGGUACCGCGGUUAUGAUAUGGAAGAUCUGCACUCUUCCAUGAAUGAGUCUACGAAUAGCAGAAAAGAGCCAAAAAACAAGUUUAGUUCCUUGUCGUGA